AUGUUCCGAGCCUCAGCAGCAGGCCCCUACGACGAUGUCGUCAUCAAGGCCACCGACGAGAACCUCACAUCCGAAGAUUGGGGUGCCAUUAUCGAGGUCUGCGAUAAAGUAAGCAACGAUCAGAAUGGCGCCAAGGAGGCCGUUCAGAGUAUCAUCAGACGUCUCGCGCAUCGCAAUGCCAACGUCCAGCUUUACACUCUUGAGCUUGCGCAUGCGCUCGCCCAGAACUGCGGAAAGAACAUGCAUCGCGAACUGUCCAGCCGUGCCUUCACAGACGCCCUUCUUCGCCUGACCAACGACCGCAACACCCACACACAAGUCAAGUCAAAGAUUAUUGAGCACAUGAAGAGUUGGACCGACAUGUUCAACAAUGACCCUGAGCUGGGUAUCAUGGGUGAUGCCUACAACCGUGCCACACGAAGUAACCCGAACCUUCAGCCCCCAAGCGCUCCUCAAAAACAGGGUCUUACCGAUGUCGAUCGCCAGAAGGAGGAGGAAGAACUGCAAAUGGCGCUCACGCUUAGUCUCCAAGAAGAGGAGCGCAAGAAGACUGCUGCCACCAGUCCAGGGGUGCAAGCUGGUCCCAGCAACCAGACAGAGAGUCCUGCUCCCCCAGCGCCAGCCGGAACCACAGCUGCGACAGUGAGCCGAGUGCGUGCUCUCUUCGACUUUGCACCCUCUGAGCCUGGUGAGCUUGAAUUCAAGAAGGGCGACGUGAUUGCUGUUCUCGAAAGUGUCUACAAAGAUUGGUGGCGAGGCUCUCUCAGGGGCAAGACUGGUAUUUUCCCACUCAACUAUGUUGAGAAGCUUACCGAUCCCACCGCGGAUGAGCUGCAGCGCGAGGCUCAGAUGGAGGCCGAGGUGUUUGCCGAGAUCAAGAACGUCGAGAAGCUUCUCACAUUGCUCAGCACUUCUAACACAGCGCCUCGAGAGGAGGACAACGAGGAGAUUUCCAAGCUGUACCACCAGACACUCGCUAUUCGACCAAAGCUCAUCAAAUUAAUUGAGAAGUAUUCUCAGAAGAAAGACGACUUUACACAAUUGAACGAAAAGUUCAUCAAAGCUCGACGGGACUACGAGGCUUUGUUGGAGUCUUCCAUGGCUCAUCCUCCCCAGCAUAACUACCAGCAGUAUGCUAUGCGCCCAGCUCCUGGUCAAGGUUAUCCCCAAGCUGGCGGAUAUCCUCCCCAGGGAGCACCGCCUCAGGACCCAUCACGGUACUACACGCCUGGUCCUGGAGAGCAACCUCCAUACCAGGCUUCGUCUCCUCCCCCUAACUUCCAGAACCAACCCCCAGGUCAACCAGCUCCCUUUUAUGUAGCAGGAGCUGAAGUGCCCGCUGGCUCUCAACCUUAUCCUCCUAGAAAUGAAUCUCCUUCCAACGGCAAACAGCCCGCCCCUAUCAACACCUCGACACCUGGCCCGAACUUCAACCCUUACAAUCAAGCUCAGAGCAAUAACCCGUAUGGUCAAGCGCCUGUGGGAGGUCGACCUGGAAGCACAUAUGGAGCCCAGGAGCUGGCCACUUCUGUGUACGACUCACCUAUUGCAACUAACAACCCACAACCGCUUGCUCCGUCUGCCACAUUCUCCAGUUCAGUGUAUUCUCCCGAAGAACCCAACGAGAACGCCAGUGCACCACCCGCUGGCCCCUACGGUGGACACCAACAGCAGCCACAGCAAUAUCAGAGCUACAACCCUUCACAAGCCCCCCCUAUGCCCACAGGGUCGGCUCCUCCUCCACCUCAGAGUGUCAUGACUCCUCCCCCUCUGCAGCCUGGAAACGCUGCCGGAUAUGAUGCUCGCCACGGUCUUCCCAGCCAAGGCGGCGGUGGUGGACAGAACCAGUACAAGCCAUAUGUUCCUCCUGGUGACGGUCCCUCGGCUCCAGCACCAGACAGUUACUACCAAAGUGGUGGGGUUUAUUAG